AUGGGGGUGGUGGCUAUGGAGCGGAGGUGGGUCUCAACAGCUAUAAAGCCUCUCUGUGCCCAUUCAGAGCCGGUGAGGACAGCCUGCCAGUCUGGUCUCCUGACACCAUGGGCACACGAUUCCUCCUGGCUCUGUUUCUUGUCCUCCUGGUACUGGGAUUCGAGGUCCAGGGGGCCCCUCUGCCCCAGCAAGAAGAGUCGGCAGGCCCCGCCCUGCUUACCCAGAUGCGGGAAUCACUCUCCGGGUACUGGGACUCAGCAAAGGCUGCUGCCUCCAGCCUGUACCAGAAGACAUACCUGCCCGCCGUAGACGAGAAACUCAGGGACAUGUACAGCAAAAGCACAGCCGCCGUGAGCACUUACGCGGGCAUUUUCACGGACCAGGUUCUUUCUAUGCUGAGGGGAGAGGAGUGACGGCCAUAUCCCCAGUCUGUGGGUAAGGGGAGAGUCCCCCGCUCUCCCGGUUCCUCAUGUUCAGACUGAGCUCCCCCUUCCGAGUAGCUCUUGCAUCGUGCUCCCACCUCUAGCCUGAAUUCUUCUCAAUAAAAAAAAACAAUUCAAGUUCCUUUUCAUGGAUUUCACUGCUUUUCUGAGGACUCAGGGGCCAGGAUGGAGGGGCUGACUCAGUCUAGCCAGCAUUUAAUGAGUACCUACUGUAUGUAUGGAGCCCUAACCUGGUCCAUGGGAAUAAAGGAGGGAAUAUUAA